AUGGCCGAUCCUUUUGCGCCCCGAUCCAUGAAGCGCAAGAACGUCAAGGGCCUCGCCCUGACGCCUGCUGCGCCCAAGCCUCCCCCCACCGCUGAGACUAGCAUAGCUGGAUACGAUCCCCGUGAUAAGGAUGGCGGCGACCAGUCAGCGCAGUUGGAAAUCGGCAUCGAGUACAAGCUGGAUCUGAGACCAGAGGACCUCGAGAUUUUAAAGGAGCUCGGUUCAGGAAAUGGCGGCACUGUUAGCAAAGUCAAGCAUGUUCUGACUGGAACUGUCAUGGCACGCAAGGUCAUCCACGUGGAAGCCAAGAAGGAGAUGCGCAAGCGCAUCGUUCGUGAGCUUCAGAUUAUGCAUGGCUGCUCCUCCGAGUACAUCGUAAAUUUCUACGGCGCCUUUCUGAAUGACCACAACGAUGUCAUUAUGUGUAUGGAGUACAUGGAUGUUGGUGCUCUCGAUCGUGUGUCAAAGGUUUUUGGUCCCGUUCGAGUCGACGUGCUAGGCAAAAUCGCUGUAGCUACACUGGGAGGAUUGACCUAUCUUUACUCUAAGCAUCACAUCAUGCACCGAGACAUCAAGCCGUCCAACAUCCUUGUCAAUUCCAGGGGAAGCAUCAAGCUAUGUGACUUUGGUGUUUCUGGCGAACUGAUCAAUUCGGUUGCAGACACCUUUGUCGGAACGUCGACGUACAUGGCCCCUGAGCGAAUCCAGGGUGAGAAGUACACAGUCAAGUCCGACGUCUGGAGCUUCGGUCUGACCAUCAUGGAAAUGGCCAUUGGCAAAUUCCCUUUCAACGCAAGCGAGCAACUCUCGGACGGAGAGUGUGCACCGGCGGGUAUUUUGGACCUUCUGCAGCAAAUCGUGCACGAGCCCGCGCCGAGACUACCAAAGAGCGAUGCCUUCCCCUCGAUUCUGGAAGACAUGAUUCAAAAGUGUCUCUCCAAGGUUCCCGACGAAAGACCUACUCCCCAGGAGCUUUUUGACCGUGAUCCAUUCGUCCAAGCUGCGAAGAGAACACCGGUCGACCUCAGAGAGUGGGCGGUGGGGAUGAUGGAGAGAGACAACCGCAAAUCUCACUUGGCGCCUCAACUGUCACCGGCCACUCGUGAUCUUCUGAACUCGAAUGAUUCUCCAACGUACCAUGGCGGGUCUGGAAAUGAUAGAUCUCUCGACACGCCAACUUCAGGAGAGAUCCCUAUAGCGGGUGCUGGUAUCAUCUCCCCGCGAGAGCCCGCCAGCCACUCCAACCGUUCUCCUACUCGAAACGGGCUCAACCCCUUAAGCAGUCGACAGCCAGGCGGCCAUCCUGGAAUGGGACAGAGGAUUGUCACUACCAAUUCUAUCCCCAAAUCUGGCGAGUACCCGAGCAGCGCCGGCCCUGUGAGCGCCAAUGCUGCUUCAUUCAGCCUGCCUGUUCGCCCUGCCCCCAAUGGCCCUCUGCCGCCUGCCCCUCCUCGAAAGGGGACUCCCGAUGACCCAAGACGUGAGAAUCGACGACAGGCAACAUUCGGUUUGCCACCGGCGCCCAGAAGUUACGCCAAUGAUGUGUACAAUGGUACCUCCAAUUAG